CAGAGUGCGGAAGUGCGGAGGGAACCAAUGAGAACCGCCAUUCUCUCUUCGCCCCGCCCCGCCCACCUCCGGCUGAGGUCAACUCUUUCUUUUGUUGCCCUGUGGACUUUGAGUAGCGCUCCCGGCGCCAGGUCACGGUGGUUGCAGCUCGCCCUCUGCCCGAAUGGCCCUGAGAGGCGUCGCCGCGCGAUUGUUGAGCCGCGGGGCCCACCUCCGCGUCCAGCAUGCGUGGGGCUCGGCGGCCAUGCACACAGCCUCGCGUCCCAAGUUCGACUGGUGGGACCCGCUGGUGCUGGAGGAACAGCUGAAGGCAGACGAGAUCCUCAUCAGGGACACCUUCCGCAAUUACUGCCACGAGCGACUCAUGCCGCGCAUCCUGAUGGCCUACCGCAACGGAGUUUUUAACCGGGAGAUCGUCACUGAGAUGGGGGAGUUGGGUGUGCUGGGACCCACUAUCAAAGGGUAUGGCUGUGCUGGGGUCUCCUCCGUGGCAUAUGGGCUUCUGGCACGGGAGCUGGAGCGGGUGGACAGCGGCUACAGGUCCAUGAUGAGCGUGCAGUCCUCCCUUGUUAUGCAUCCUAUCUAUGCCUAUGGCAGUGAGGAGCAGCGGCAGAAGUACCUACCCCAGCUGGCCAAGGGGGAGCUCCUGGGCUGCUUUGGACUCACAGAGCCCAACCAUGGGAGUGACCCCAGCAGGAUGGAGACCAGGGCCCGCCACAACCCAGCAAGCAAGAGCUACACCCUCAGUGGGACCAAGACCUGGAUCACCAACUCCCCGGUGGCUGACCUGUUUGUAGUGUGGGCUCGGUGUGAAGACGCUCGCAUUCGGGGCUUCCUGCUGGAGAAGGGGAUGAGGGGCCUCUCGGCCCCCAAGAUUGAAGGCAAGUUCUCCCUGAGGGCCUCAACCACAGGCAUGAUCAUCAUGGACAGUGUGGAGGUGCCAGAGGACAAUGUACUGCCUAACGUGGCUGGCCUGGCGGGUGUCUUCAAUUGCCUCAACAACGCCCGCUAUGGCAUCACGUGGGGUGUGCUGGGAGCUGCUGAGUUCUGCCUGCACACUGCCCGGCAGUACACCCUGGACAGGAUCCAGUUUGGUGCUCCCUUGGCCAAGAAUCAGCUGAUCCAGAAGAAGCUGGCAGACAUGUUGACUGAGAUCACACUGGGGCUCCAGGCCUGCCUGCGGCUGGGCCGCCUUAAGGACCAGGACAGGGCCACCCCAGAGAUGGUCUCCUUGCUGAAGAGGAACAACUGUGGGAAAGCCCUGGACAUCGCACGCCAGGCCCGAGACAUGCUAGGCGGCAAUGGGAUUUUAGACGAGUACCAUGUGAUCCGGCACGCCAUGAACCUGGAGGGGGUGAACACCUAUGAAGGUACGCACGACAUCCAUGCGCUGAUCCUUGGACGGGCAAUCACAGGAAUUCAGGCAUUCUCAGAGGGCAAGUGAACCCAUUUGGCACCAGAGCCGCCUUCUGGGGAGACACUGGUUGGACCCUGGCACUACCUGCUCUGGGCUGAGCAGGAGGUGUUGGACAACUCAACUUCCACAGUAGGAAGUGAGGAACAACAACCAGUAAAUAUCAGCAUCUCUCUGUGGAAGGCAUUCAGAUAAGCUCCUCAAAAAGAUGAGGUGAUUCCCUAUCCAGUGUUUCCUGUCCACUUUUAGCUCCAGUCACCUCAGCACAGAAGGUUCUUUGCUGGGAGAGUAGGCGACCUGUGGCUGAGUGGCCGGCUGCAAGGCUGGGUUGAAGCCUGCAGUGUCUGACCCUCCAUCCCAGGGCAGGAUGUGGGAGAGGAAAAAAUAAAGCAUCUGCCCAUCUGACCCUGCA